UCUCUCUCUCUCUCUCUGGUACCAGGAAUGCCUCACCCCGAGCGAUGAGCAAUCUAACAGUGUCCUACUCGUUUGAUCAGUGCCCUUCCGGUGCCUUUCAGUAGGCAACACAACAACAAUACAAACACGCAGGAUCGGAUGCGAUACGGCAAACGCGGCUGACCGCAUGUUGCUGAAGAUACAAAAUGCACAUCAACAGCACAUACAUCAUGCAACGUCUAGCACUGCCGUCAGGUGUCACCCAGUCGCUACACACGCAGUUCACGUCGACAAUAAUGGACGACAUGGACGACGUAGCCGCGUUCUGGCAGCACCAUGCUGAGGGUUUCUGUCCACAGGGCAACCCGCUCAAAGUUUGGGAAGAAUUACUGCUCAUAGCAGCACAAACGCCUGAGCGUUUCCGCGAAGCUAUGCAGGCGGCCGCAGUCGCUGUUGGUGCCCGGUACUGCAACCACGAUACUCCGCCGGGUCCGCUCCCUGAUAUCGGCAAACUGCCGGAGAGGCAGGCCGCCGUACAGCAACACGCUGGAUUAUGCGGAAAGUACCACGCGGAACACAUCGCCAACAUCGACGUCACCAUGGUGGAAGAAAGGGCAGCAGGAGCUGAGAUCACAACGAAAAGAAUGAGGAAUCAGGCCUGCUACGACGCCGGGACGGCGCUCAACGCGCGAGGCCGUGGGGUUCAGCUGAGGAGGCAGGAGUGCUUCACCCAGGCCUGCCGCGCGGUCUGGCCUGACGACCAGCCGCUGCCCGUAGCUGUACUUGCCGCUCUUUCGAUGUAGUGUGUGGCGCACGUGCCAUCGGCUACGCACGCGGGGCAAGGUAGCUAUGUUGUCUGUUUUGAUGAAGCCGAGACCGGCGGGCGAAUGUGCUGGCUCGAUUUCCCAAUGGGCGAACGGGCUAGGGUAGUUGCAGCAUAUUCGACAUCAAUCGAAUUUCAGCCAGGUCUCAAACAUGAACGGCGCACGUAUGUGUUGACGGGGCGGGCUUUGGUGUGUCCCUGUGUAUGCUGGAAAGGCUGGUUGUUCACGUGCUGCUGCUAAUGAAGGGUUGGGUCAACAUUCCGUAACACCUUCGUUGUGCAAAAAAAAUAGGAACACGAGUUCGUCACGGUUGUUGUCGGUCGCGCGGAGCAGGGCGGACUUGCACUUCGGGUGUCACAAACGAAUAAACAUAAAUAAAUUAAAAAAAUAAGUUUGGCAAGAAAGACAUUCGGAAACGAGGUUCCAUGUGUCUUGGUUCUUUUGCGAGAGUUUCUUUCGUCUGUCCUUCAGGAAUAUCUUGAAGGUUCACGGGGAUUCCGACAGGUGCACGAGAACAUGUGCGUUCAAUUCGUUUGGUAUUCGAAUUAAGCUCAUUUAUCCCACCUCACAUCAACACAAGAAAAACGAGCACGAAUAUUCUGUCCUGGUAAUUGUAUGCAGAGCUACUCACCACGCUCACCCCCGUCACAGCCCGAACGUGACACCCCUCAAAUUUUCAAAACACACCGA